AUGCGGGAUGAAAGACUUGAAGUCACCCGAGCAGUCACUGCGCACAGCGAUGCACUCCAGAGAUACGAACAAGAGCAUUCUAUUAGGAUGGAACGAUUGCAAUACAAGGUACAAUUAAUGCUGGAUGCUACGGAUUCCUGCGGAAUUAAGGAGAUAUUAAGAAGCGUAGAGAGCUUGGCAAUUAAGAUUGAACAGCUUUCUCUUGAUGUCAGCCACCUCAAGCAUGAGAAGAAAGACGCGUCCAUGCCAUCCGGUCAUCGAGAAUCCAAACGACACGCCGAUACAGACGACAAUCCGGACUCUAACUGUUUGCGAGACGCCGAUGCCAGACCUUCAGAAGAUUUCCUAGAAUCCUCCGUCUUGAGGCGGGACGACAAGACUAAGGUACUGGAUGGUAAGUUGACUCGCACUGCCAUUGAUAUUCUGGAUCGCCUCGUCAAAAUCCAGGAAAAGCCAAGCAACUCCUAG